AUGGCUGAAGAAGAUCACACUUUCGAAACCGCUGAUGCCGGUGCUGCUUUGACUUUCCCAAUGCAAUGUUCCGCAUUGAGAAAGAAUGGUCAUGUUGUCAUCAAGAACAGACCAUGUAAGAUUGUCGAUAUGUCCACUUCUAAGACUGGUAAGCACGGACACGCCAAAGUCCAUUUAGUUGCCAUUGACAUCUUCACUGGUAAGAAAUUGGAAGAUUUGUCUCCAUCUACCCACAAUAUGGAGGUUCCAAAUGUCAGAAGACAAGAAUUCCAAUUGUUGGACAUUGAUGAUGGAUUCCUUUCAUUGAUGACUGCUGAUGGUGACACCAAGGAUGAUGUCAAGGUUCCAGAUGGAGACUUGGGUGACAAGAUUCAAACUGAGUUUGACGAUGGUAAGGAUUUGAUUGUUACUAUCAUUUCUGCUAUGGGUGAAGAAGCUGCUAUUUCUUUCAAGGAUGCCCCAAAAAACUAG